UCGAAAGAAAGCCAAAUUUCUCGCCGGUAAAUACUUCCAACUCACAAAAAUUGGAGAAAAUGCCGACGGGCUCCGGCCCCGUCUUUGCCGCCACCAACUCCCCCGCUCCCCCGCGUUAUCCACCACCGGCGACUUCAACAAAAAAGCCGGCCAGAUGCCACGUCAUCACCAGAAUGUCCCGUAACCAAAGCCCAUCGAGCGGCCCAAAAUCUCCAACCUCAUCAUCAUCAUCAUCAUCAUCAUCAUCUUCUUCUCUCUUAGCCUCAAUCACCAAUCUCUUAUGGGGCCCUUCUCUCCCGCCUGGGCUCCUCGUAGCCACCGCCCGGACCGCCUGGGAAACCACGUGGCAGCUCAUGAUGGGCCAGCUCGCCCCCUCCGAUACCUCCGGUGGCUACACAAGACCCAUUUCCCAAUUUCGCGCCACCAAAAUUUCCACAAACAAUCUCCAUCUCUACGUUGGCCUUCCAUGUCCAUGGGCUCACCGGACGUUGAUCGUCCGAGCCCUAAAAGGCCUCGAAAACGCCGUACCAGUCUCCAUCGCGGGUCCUGGGUCCGACGGAUCGUGGGAAUUCCGGGAGAAUCCAACGGCUGAAAAUGAAACCCUAAACCCGGGAUUGGAUAAGGCAAAUAGGUGUAAAACUUUGAAAGAAGUUUACAGAAUGAAACGAGGAGGCUACAAUGGAAGAUCUACUGUGCCAAUGCUGUGGGAUGUAGAGAAGAGGGAGGUGAUUUGCAAUGAAAGUUCUGAUAUAAUUCAGAUUUUCAAUUCGGGUCUCAAUGGAUUGGCUGAGAAUCCAGAUUUGGAUCUCUCACCGCCAUUGUUGAAAAGGAAGAUUGAAGAAUGGAAUAGCAUUAUAUAUCCUAAUGUCAACAAUGGAGUUUAUAGAUGUGGGUUUGCUCAGAGUCAAAAAGCAUACGACAAAGCUGUCGAUGAGCUAUUUUCAACUCUCGACGUGUUAGAUGACCAUUUGGGACGGUCACGAUACUUGUGUGGUGAAAGUUUGACUCUGGCUGAUGUUUGCUUGUUUACAACAUUGAUUCGGUUUGAUCUGGUGUAUAAUGUUCUGUUUAAAUGCACCAAGAAGAAGCUACUUGAGUAUGAUAAUCUUCAUGGAUACAUGAGAGACAUUUAUCAGAUUCCAAAGGUUUCAGCAACUUGCAACUUUACAGCAAUAAUGGAUGGCUAUUACAAAACAUUAUUUCCACUAAACCCAGGGAAUAUUCGACCAACCAUUCCUGCCAGUUGUUAUCAUGAAGCACUCUCAGUACCUUCCAAAAGAGGCUCACUGCCAUUCUUAGACAGAAGCAAGCAGGUUUCAGUUUGACAGAGGUAAGUCAACUAAACAUUUUAGUUGAGGAUUCAUCAAUUUGUGUUUGGAUAAUGUCUCAUUUCCCAGAUAAAUAGAACCUCUAUAAUGGGACAAUUGUCUGUGUUUGCAAGUAAUAAAGAAAUCAAAUGUAUUCAAAGGGCUUGUAUAGAACUUAUCUAUAAUGUAUGGCAAUCGAGUAUUAAUAAGAUUAUGUAAAAGAAAUAACAUCUUGAAUUGAGUUGUGUCAAA